ACAGUGCUGGCCCAGCACUUCAGUAUGGAUGCAUGUAGUUCAACAAGCCCUGUACAUUACCCCAUCUCUGGUCGUGCUUUACAGCUGGAUGGGUGAUGGGGAGAGGGGGUGACGUGUCUGUUGGCUCUGAUCUAAAAGCGAACCCAGUUACAAAGGAAGGGAUGUUAACAGCUGACGAGAGGAGGAACACCACGUGAGGGACCAGACGAGGGGGGGGGAUAUAGAGGAUGCAUUCAUUUUGGCUCUGCUAAAACAGGAGGGGGCCUCGUUAUUUGCCGACACAUCUCAUGUGACCGCCGGUGGGAAACUGUGCCGCCGAAGACCAGUGAACUGCCGCUGAUGGUGAUGAAGGUGACGGCGGAGGCGGCGGUGUCGAUGGAGCCGCUGCUCUUUCCUUCUGCCGCCCUCGAUGCGAGCCGCAGCGGCUGGUGAGCAACGCGCCGUCGGCCCCGGCUGGUCGCCGCGUGAUCGCUGGGCCGAGGGGCCACUUCCACGGGGUGCUUCCCCCCUCGAGAUGGCCUGGGGAGCGGAGCGGGGGCAACGCGGUGGUCUCGUCGACCGAUCCACGGUUUGAACCGAGGCUGGUUGUGUCUCUGGCCCGAGGACUCGGAGGGGGGAGAUCAAAAAGAAAAAGAGAAAAGGUGAUGACCUGGAUGGUGCCAUGUGAAUGACUGAAGACCAUGAAGCCCACACACAAGCUGAUGUUCAUCCUGUGCCCCAUGCUGGUCCUGGGCUUUAUUUACUACUCGUCCGGGAAGCUACAUCUACACGUAUGGGGCCAGAAGCCUCACAGUGAUGCAGAAGAGACAACUGUAGUCCUGACUAAAGGGGCUGAAGUGAAAAGAAUUACAGAGGUGGAACCAGACAUCAGCGUGGGACGAAUAGUAGGCUCAGUGUAUGAUAAGCAGGGCUUUCUGCUGCAGCUGGACACUAAAUUGCCACUGGAGUUGGCGUACAAGUAUGGCAACCUCAGUGAAGGAGUGUGCAAGCCAGGAUAUGCAGCAGCCAAGAUGACCACCAUCUAUCCUAAGUUCAUGAAACCAGCGCCCAUGUUUCUUGAUCGGAAUUUCAAACGUCUCGCAAAAGUCGGCAGUUAUUUACCCCCAUUUGGUUUUAAAACACAAGAGAGAAUCAUAGACAGCAUUUUAACUACCACGAAAAAUUAUGGACUUGGAGAAGAGCUGGACAGUCUCAGCUGUAAAAGAUGCAUCAUCGUGGGCAACGGGGGCAUCCUGUCCAACAAGUCUUUGGGCUCCCGGAUAGAUGACUACGAUGUUGUAGUCAGGUUGAACGAGGCACCGGUGAGUGGUUAUGGCAAAGACGUAGGGACCAAAACCACCGUCAGGAUAACCUAUCCAGAGGGAGCAAUCCAGAAGCCUGAAAACUACGAAAAAGACUCACUUUUUGUCUUUUCUGCUUUCAAACCGCUGGAUUUCAAGUGGCUCAGACAGAUGGUCUUCAAGGAGAAACUGAGGGGCACUGAGGGUUUUUGGAAGUCCGUGGCUCACUAUGUACCCCGGGAGCCGACCGAGAUCAGAAUCCUGAACCCCUACUUCAUCCAGGAGGCAGCCUUCCAGUUCAUUGGCCUGCCCUUCAACAACGGCCUCAUGGGCAAAGGGAACAUUCCAACUUUAGGAACAGUCGCUAUAACGAUGGCACUGCAUAACUGUGACGAGGUGGCGGUGGCAGGUUUUGGCUACGACAUGAACACGCCCCACGCACCUCUGCACUACUAUGAGACUGUCAAGAUGUCUGCCAUUAAAGAGUCAUGGACACACAACAUAUCCAAGGAGAAGGAUUUCCUCCGUAAACUGGUUAAGGCCAAUGUCAUCACAGACUUGACCAAUGGAAUCUGAGUUUACAACCCACCGAUAAUCUCCCUCUGCCUUUUCCCAAAGGACUACAAAACAGGAAGCUGGGAAAGGGUUUGGGAGAAGAAAAAAAACCCUUCGUAUCUGGGUGGCCUGCACACUGCCGGGGUUUUUAUAUCAAAGGAGAAUAUUUAGAAGAAGGAAGAAGAGAAAAAAAAAAAGAUACAGGAGGGUUUCUGUGGAGAAAUGCACGCAUGUGCCUUCUGAACCAAAGACUCCUGUGGAUUGAAGCGGCGGCGGCGAGGGGUCCUGGGGAGUUCAGGAUCGACCUUGUCCCUGUCUUUGCUGUAAGGCAGUCGCAGUAAAGCUCCACCGGCCCCACACGCAUCAGCGCUUACCAACAGAACCCCGAGUAUCAACUAAUUUAAUACUAAGAGCAGAAGUGACAUGUUCACACACACACACACACACACACACACACACACACACACACACACACACACACACACACACACACACACACACACACACACACACACACACACACACACACACACACACACACACACACACACACACACACACACACACACACGCGUCAGGAGUUUAGCCUGACUGGCUGACUCACUGAAGGGACCGGGGAGAGAGGAAUGAGAAGAGGACUGUCACGGAGAUGGUGCGGGGACAGGUCGAGUAUUAGCAGUGCCAAACGUACCUCGUACAGGGGAGAGAUCGCCCUCCUCUCCUUUUGCUGCCUGAAUGUAUUCACUUUGCUCAGUGUAAAUAUCAAAUAUUUUUACUGUGCUUUUUAACGAGCUGCAGCAGCCCACCCCCACCCUAACCCACCCGCCAUGUGUCCAUUCAUCCGUGUAUUCAUUCAUUCACUUUUUUACUAGGCCAGACGACAGCAGAUAAAUCAGCGAGGGUCACCUGCCACACCGAUUGGUGUCACUUUGAGACAUGAGGGUUGAAGAAACGCGCAGACUUCAGUUUUUGAAGUCGAGGGAUUGUUAGUGACUCAGUGACCAGGUGCUUGUUCAGCUGGUUCUAUACAGAGCGGUUCUGUGUGUUCCCCCACGUCUGGCUGGUUGGUCAUCCUCAUGUGGCUGCUCAAAUUAGGCUAGAGAAUAAAAGACUAAUAAAGAUAAAUGCCUUUUUUUUUUUUUUUUUUUAAGUGCUUUUAGUAAUGGUUUUAGCAUUUGUGAUUUAUUUUUUUAACACUACAGCGCACUGACUUUACACAUUAGGAAAACUAUGUUAAUGAUCUAAAUUAUAUUUGACCUUUAUCAGUUGGCAAGCUCUGGCAGGUGAACCCUGGAGUCAAAUUUGGACACUGCAAUCUCUCUCCUCCCCUCCUUUGUCUGUUUUAAACAAUCCCCCCGUCCUAUCGGUUCACUCAUGCCGCAGUACUGUCGCCCUCUCUUCAUCAGCCGUUAGCCGUCGGGCUGCAGCGGAGACACGCAGCACUGAAAACGCGUGGUGUCCCGGUCAAUGAGAGCAGAGACUGCACAUCGGAACCCGCUCGCAACCUCCUGUCGCUUCAGACUUGCUUGUUCUUCAGUAAAUGGUGAAAGUUUGGAUUGUAGAAUAUAAACAUAUAUAUAUUUUUGUUUCUUAGGUUAAUUUUAUAAUUUAUUUUGUAACAAAGUCCCAGUGUUUUGGUCACAGGCAGGCCUGCUUUCCAUUGUUUUUGUUCAGAGAAAACACGGAGGUUUGAGUUUUUCUGUUUUGGUUUCACCACCAUGUGCUUCCUCUGAGACUGCAUCUUUUAGGUCCGUGGCAGAAGUUGUAUUGUGAUUGAAUCCACGAUUCAUCCGUUUGUUAUCAGCUUAGUGUUAAACGUCCGAAGCUCUUUAUUUUCUGUCUCUUGUGCAGCUACACUCACACAAUCAUGAGGUGAUAAUCGCCAGGCUCGAUCGCCAGGCUUUGUGCUUUGCAGAAGACGGUGUUGCCACAUGCUUUUCAGUAUUUAUAUACUGCAUUAAUACAUAGUAGAAAAUGUUCAGUAUUACACAAUGUCACGUUUCCCCCUCUCCCUUUCCUCAAAGAUGUGUGAGAAUGUAAAAAUGUCACAUUUUAUCAUGAAUGCGAAAUAUCAGCUUUAUCUAGUGAUGGUGCAUUUUUUUCUUCUUUUUUUGGGAGGUCAAUGACGUAUUCUGUUUCUACAUUUUCUUUGGAAGUGCAUAUUUACAGUUCAGUGUACUCUGAAGGUUUGCUUCCAAUACGGUCAAUCAGAAAGCUGCUGCUGCUGUUACAUCUGUUACAUUGCUCACGUCUUCCUUUACUUGAUCACAUCGCCACAAACACUGCUGGGUCCGACCCAGUCCCUUCAGAACUGUUCCACUGGGUUUGAAAGAAUAGAUUAUUAUUUUUGGAAAACUCUGCCCUGUUUGGGGUUUUUAUUAUUUCUUUUCUUCUUUUUUUUUGAGAGCUUGCGUACAGGGAACAGCUGACCAUUGCACUAUCAUUAGGCGCUCUCAGUGCCUUACACCUCAUCACCUGGAAACUGUAGCGAGGAAUGUGACGCAAGAAAGGAACUGCAGCUGAUUCCGUAUGCAGGAUCAGCCCCAGGUCAGGACGUGUCACUCAUGUACACGUGACGUGAGACCAGUUAAUUUCAUAUCUGUAUUCUACAUUAUAUACUGAGUAGGUAGACCGAAAGUUGCAUACUGGUGGUUCAGUGUGUUUUAGCGCAUAAACAAAAUAUUUAUAGCCGACAAAUCAUUGGGCUACAGUAGUUACCUGGAAGGCAGAUGUAUGUUGAAUCUUUAUAGUAUUUCAUGGAGAAGAGAUCAAUAAUUUAGAAUAUAUGCACCGAGUCACCAGUACGAUCUGUAAAGCUCUGAGACGAAGCAGAUGCUUAGUUGAAGUGAACCCUUUUCUUUUUUUUUCUUUUUUUCUUUCUUCCUAACAGUUGGUUUUAAAAAUGUUAUGAAUGCUGGAGGAGUUCAAAUGGAUUGGACCCAAAUCGCCUCUUCUAAUAAUCUGUUGAUAAUAAAGCAGAAUGUAUUAGCUCAUAUUUAUAUACCUUUUGAUUGUCUUUUGUUUCAUUUAACAUUUCACCAUCACUGGGAAGUCAUAUAUAUGAGAUAUAUAUAUAUAUACACGCGCGCACAAACGUGCGGCUUUCUGCAAGUCGAACUCAAUAAAAAAUGUUUGUAAUGGGUA